AGUUAGACACUGGGUUGGUUAGUCGAGAGUCAGUCGUCGCACGGUAAGGUUGAGGGGCGGUGGAUCGGCGAGUGUCGACAAACUUCUGCACAGCCAGAGAUCUUGGUCUUAAUUAUCAAGACGUAGUGCAGCUUGCUUUUUUCUGCAGCUCCCUCCAUCUUGAGUGACACCAUGAGUGGCUGCCGUGUGUUCAUUGGGAGGUUGAAUCCAGCAGCCAGAGAAAAGGAUGUGGAGAGAUUCUUCAAGGGGUAUGGACGGAUCCGAGACAUUGACCUGAAAAGAGGGUUUGGAUUUGUGGAAUUUGAAGAUCCUAGAGAUGCUGAUGAUGCAGUGUAUGAGUUGGAUGGAAAAGAACUUUGUAGUGAACGAGUUACAAUUGAACAUGCGAGGGCCCGUUCUAGAGGUGGAAGAGGCAGAGGGCGAUACUCUGACCGUUUUAGUAGUCGGCGUCCACGAAAUGAUAGAAGAAAUGCUCCACCUGUAAGGACAGAAAAUCGACUUAUUGUAGAAAAUUUGUCAUCUAGAGUCAGCUGGCAGGACCUCAAAGACUUCAUGAGGCAAGCUGGGGAGGUAACCUUUGCAGAUGCACAUAGACCUAAAUUAAAUGAAGGGGUGGUUGAGUUCGCCUCUUACAGUGAUCUAAAGAAUGCCAUUGAAAAACUGUCUGGCAAAGAAAUCAAUGGAAGGAAAAUUAAACUAAUCGAAGGCAGCAAAAGACAUAGUAGGUCAAGGAGCAGGUCUCGCUCUCGUAGUAGGAGCUCUUCGCGGUCUCGCAGCCGUUCUCGCUCCCGAAGCCGUAAAUCUUACACCAGAUCCAGAAGCCGUAGCCGUAGCAAGUCACGUUCAGUUAGUAGAUCUCCCGUUCCGGAAAAGAGCCAGAAACGUGCUUCUUCAAGUAGAUCCAAGUCUCCAGCUUCCGUGGACCGUCAGAGAUCUCGCUCAAGGUCGAGGUCUGUUGAUAGUGGCAAUUGAGUUGCCUUGGGGACUUAAAAACCAUACUUGCUAGUAGUGAUGGUAAGUAUGUGACUUCUGGAACAGAGAAUGAAUGAGGGAGGGAAUGGGACUUAACAGCCUUGUAUAUGCGGACCACAGAAGUUGUUGAACUAAUUGUAUUGUCUUUUUGAUAAUCUUUUUCCUGCUCACUUCGUUAAGUCAGAAGUGUAUAGCUUUGUGUAUAUUGGUAGAGCUCUUUAUAAAGAAUUAAUCUUUUGUAUUUUAAAAAAACCUGGUUUCUGAACAUUUAGUUCUAGGUGUAUUCUUGUAUUUGGCAUUUCAGGGUGUUCAAUGUUUGGAAUUGGUUACAGAGCUCUAUACUGGCUGUUAAUAAAGCUUUAUUUCAGA